ACCUCAUUUUCUCUCUCUCUCUCUCGCUACCUUUCUGUGGUCUCCGCACUCUCCUCUUCCCCAAAAUUCCUGAAGCCCCCGGUUACCAGAGGAGGUAGCCGGAGAAGAUGGGUACUCUUGGGAGAGCAAUUUACUCCGUCGGGUUCUGGAUCCGCGAGACUGGUCAAGCCCUCGAUCGCCUCGGCUGCCGCCUCCAGGGGAACUACUACUUCCAGGAGCAAGUGUCUAGGCACAGAACGCUUAUGAACUUGUUCGACAAAGCUCCGACCGUUCAUAAAGAUGCAUUUGUGGCUCCAAGUGCUUCUGUCAUUGGGGAUGUUAUAGUUGGGCGCAAUUCCUCUAUCUGGUAUGGAUGUGUUCUACGAGGUGAUGUGAACAAUAUAAGCAUUGGGACAGGAACGAAUAUCCAGGACAAUUCUCUUGUUCAUGUUGCCAAAUCAAAUCUAGCUGGAAAGGUUUUGCCAACAAUUAUUGGCAACAAUGUUACUGUUGGUCAUAGUGCUGUCCUGCAUGGCUGUACUGUUGAAGAUGAGGCAUUUAUUGGUAUGGGUGCAAUAUUGCUUGAUGGGGUUAUUGUUGAGAAGAAUGCCAUGGUUGCUGCUGGUGCCCUUGUGAGACAGAAUACUCGGAUUCCAUGUGGAGAGGUAUGGGGUGGAAACCCAGCGAAGUUCCUAAGAAAGCUCACCGAAGAAGAAAUAUCAUUCAUUUCCCAGUCUGCCCUCAACUACACCAAUCUAGCGCAGGUCCACGCCGCUGAAAACGCAAAGAGUUUCGACGAGAUUGAGUUUGAGAAGGUACUCCGGAAGAAGUUUGCCCGUAAGGACGAAGAGUAUGAUUCCAUGUUGGGCGUUGUUCGUGAGACACCCCCAGAGCUUAUCCUGCCUGAUAACAUUCUACCAGACAAGGCGGCAACCACGACAACACCAAAGGCUGUUUCUCAGGUUUGAGUGGCUUUGUGGAUUUGUCUUGUUUUGUUGUAUCACUGGUUUCUUACGCCAAGCGGAUUGGCAGAAAAGUUGCCAUUUGUUUUCAUGCCAAAUAAUCUCGUGGCUCGUCAAAGUUUGCAUAACAUUUACGACUAUUUGAUUAACCAGAAGGCAGAAACUUGGGUUUGAGUGUGUGUAAGCUUAGAAAAUAAAAAUCCUGCACAACAAUUUUUCUUUUCCAUUUUGCUCAGUUUGUUUUUGAAGCUAAUUCCCCUUUUAGCCCUUGAUGAUUUUGGCUAUAAUGGGUAUAUU